UUCCUGUCUGCCCAGUACUAGCAACUAACGAGCUAGGCAUCGACGAUGAUCGCCUCGUUCAAGGUGGUUGCACUUGGUGCACUGGUCUUCUCCCUCCUUGUCUCGUACGGCUCGUGCGCUAGGCCGGUGAGCUUUAACGCCUCUGCCUUCACCGCCGACCCCAACUGGGAGGCUGCCAGGGCCACCUGGUACGGCGCGCCCACCGGCGCCGGCCCCGACGACGACGGUGGCGCCUGCGGGUUCAAGAACGUGAACCUGCCGCCGUUCUCGGCCAUGACGUCGUGCGGCAACGAGCCGCUGUUCAAGGACGGCAAGGGUUGCGGCUCCUGCUAUCAGAUACGAUGCGUCAACAACCCUGCGUGCUCCGGCAACCCGGAGACGGUGAUAAUCACCGACAUGAACUACUACCCGGUCGCCAAGUACCACUUCGACCUGAGCGGCACGGCGUUCGGCGCCAUGGCCAAGCCCGGCCGCAACGACGAGCUCCGUCACGCCGGCAUCAUCGACAUCCAGUUCCAGAGGGUGCCCUGCAACUACCCGGGCCAGAAGGUGACGUUCCACGUCGAGGAGGGCUCCAACCCCGUCUACCUCGCGGUGCUCGUCGAGUUCGAAGACGGCGACGGCGACGUGGUGCAGGUGGACCUCAUGGAGGCCAACUCCGGCUCGUGGACUCCGAUGCGCGAGUCCUGGGGUUCCAUCUGGAGGCUGGACUCCAACCACCGGCUGCAGGCGCCCUUCUCGCUGCGCAUCACCAACGAGUCCGGCAAGACGCUGGUGGCAAACCAGGUCAUCCCGGCAAACUGGGUGCCCAACACCUACUACCGCUCCAUCGUCCAGUACUAGCAACCAAUGGUCUCUGCUGCUGGACACGGCAGUGGACACGAUAAUUCGGCAUCAUUGGCUCGAUUAGCUUGGUACUGCAUCGUUUCCAUGGGAUUGAGGUGCCUUAUUAGUUACUACUGAUUAAUUAGCCGGUGAAUAUGCCGGGUGUCCUUGUAUGCUUUAGGUGGUGUUGUGUACGUGUCUUCGGAGAUUUGACGACUGGGAAAUGGAGGAGGCAAAGUUUGCAUGUGCUUUCCCGCCCAUCAUUGUCGAUACGCUUGUACCAGUGUGAUCAAGAUUAUAAAUUAUUAACAGUAUUUUGUGUGCUACAUAGUA